UGCAUUUUAAACGGUGCUGUUUGGAUUGCGGUUUUUCUGUGUGAUUAAGGGCUAAACAAGAAGAAGGGCUAAAGAACACUUUCACCCUGUGAUGCUUCUCUACACGUGAGAUUACCUGGCAGCAGCCCAUUCCAGGAGAAGUUGGACUGCAACCUGAAGCCUUCUUAUAAUAUUAAUAAUAGCUUGUGUCUUAUUAAAAGAAAAAGUGAACCCUCCAGUCAAACUUGAGCAAAGCAGGGAAGGAUUUGAUGACUUAUCUCUCCAGUCUACCAGAUCAACACAUUUCUUUCCAGCUGGCAUUGCUUUAACCCCCAAGCCUUAAAUGUCCUAACUUAGAUACUCCCAGGUGGAAAACUUUAAAGAAGCUGCUACAAACGGAGCCACGGAGGAAUUCCUCCCCGGUGUAAACUGUUGCGCUGCUGAAGGACAGCUAAGCUACAGCAAACUUCCACACUUCUCUCUAUUUGAGGACUGAGUUUCCCUUUUACACUGAACUGCGACCUGUCUCUUUACACCUCUGUUUCAGUCCUUUUCCUCUGAUACCUUCUUCCAUAUCUGUGCCUCUCUUUCUCAUAACUUCACUCCUGUUUUUCCGGUUGUCUCUCUUGACUUGUUUUUCUUGCUCUCUACUUUUCUGGGGGCUUCUGUCCCACUCCUUGCUGCCACACUGGAUUUCCUGCAAAUGAAGCACCUGAAGAGGAAGAGGAAGAGCAACUACAGCGUGAGGGAAACACAAACUCUCAUCAGGGAGAUCCACAAGAGGAGAGACGUAUUGUUCUCCAGACAACAGAACACAGCCAUUAAUGAGCUGAAGAGGCAAGCAUGGGAGGAAGUGGCACAAGGUGUGAAUGCCCUGGGAGAGGGGGAGCUACGCACUGCUGCCGAGGUGAAGCGUCGUUACCUCGACUGGCGUGCGCUUACGAAAAAAAAACAGCUGCAGACUGAACUCUCUCUCUCUUCCUCGCCCCCCUCUUUGGCCAUUAAGACUGAGUAUGGAAAUUCCUCUCCAGAGCACGAGGCGCCUUCUUUGGGAUCUGGUUGUGACCAGCUGCUUGACCUCUCGGGCUUCCCAAAGGACUGGCACUGUGACUGGCCGGAGAUGGUGGCUCUCAGCGGGUCGAGCGGGCAGGCCGCGGGGGCACUGCCGGGAGUAAAGAUGGAGGACGAUCUGGACGGGGAUGUGGGAGAUGGAGAAAUGGAUGAUGAUGAUAUUCCCUCUCUUCUUUGUGACAUCGAGGCACGUGUAGAGGGGCAUGAUACUGAUGUUUAUUCCCACAAUGACUUGGGCAUGCCCAGCCCCUCCAAGGAUCCGACUUCCACCACCAGCAGAGAUCUACUGCUGCCCGGUGGCCUGAUGGGAAUGCUGGGUGAACUCAGCAGUGACGAGAACAUAGGAGCAGGGUUUCUGGUUGCUGUUGAGAAACAUCGUCUGGAGCUAGAGAAACAAAGGCUGGCUGUGGAGACUGAACGCCUGGUGGUGGAGAAAGAGCGGCUAUUGGUGGAGAAAGAGCGACUUCGUCAGACAGAGGUGGAGAGAGAGCGGCUGCAAAUAGAGAAGGAGAGGUUACAGGUGGAGAGAGAGAGGCUGAGGCUCAUGCGUGUUGGCCAAUCAGAGUACCGCAACUCUUCUUUUAACCUGCCGCCGCAACAAGGCCCAGUCCUUUCCUCUCGUUCGUCCUUAUCCUCAACUCAUGAUGGACAGAGGGAGAAGGGAGUGUCGGCGGCGGACUUGGAGGCAGCAAAGUUAAAUCUGGAGAAGGAGAGACUGCAGCUGGAGAAGGAGAGACUGCAGUUCAUCAAGUUUGAGGCUGGCAGGCUGCAGAUUGAGAGAGAGCGCCUGCAAGUGGAGAAAGAGAGAAUGCAGCUCCACAAGGACCAUUUGUCAGUAAAAAUCUGAUAAGAGUGAGAAAAAGAGGGUAGCUGAGCAGGGUGAAUAAAUCAGAUGUCUCCAGA